GCCAACGAGUAAUGGUUAAAUAUCUCGAUCUAUUUUAAAGUUUAUGAAAUAAUGUAUGAAGUAAAUAGCAUUAUAACUUUCGGCCAGUCUAUCAGACGAAUGAAAUACAGGCAAGAAAAGUGUUAAAGUACAUAAGAAGAAUCCACCCGUCACGAUGGAUGCUCUAGCAGGUGUUUUGACAACAGAAGUCUUGGAUCAGUUACGCGUAAUAUUUUAUGAAGAUAAGCGCAACAUCUUGGCACAGAAUAUCUGUACAAGGACCAACCCAUUGGAGGCUUGCAUAUCAAGAAAGGUUUUGCAAGAAUCGCAACACGUUUUCACUUAUAAGAUUGCAACCGAAGGAAAGCCCAUAACAAAUCAAAAGAAUUCAGGAAGAUGUUGGAUAUUUUCAAUUUUAAACAUUAUAAGAACUGCCUUUAUGAAGCAAUACAAUUUAGAUGAAUUUGAAUUUAGUCAAGCUUAUCUAUUCUUCUGGGAUAAGCUGGAACGAUGCAAUUAUUUUUUACAUAAUAUUGUAAAAACAGCUAAACGAAAUGAAUCAGUAGAAGGUCGUUUGGUAUCGUUCUUAUUGCACGAUCCCAUUUGCGACGGAGGACAAUGGGACAUGAUUGUCAAUCUUAUAAACAGGCAUGGUCUUGUUCCUAAAGCCUGUUUCCCAGAAUCAUAUAGUUGUGAAUCUAGUUCACGUAUGAAUACAAUAUUAAAAAGUAAACUAAGAGAGUAUUCCAAAGCCCUACGAGAUUUAGUAUCUAAGGGUGGAACAGACAAAGAAAUAGAAGCUUUAAUCUUGGAACAGAUGAUAAUGAUUUAUCAAAUACUCGGUAUUUGUUUAGGAAUACCGUCGAAAACAAUCACCUGGGUGUAUUAUGAUAAGUCUAAAAAUUAUAAUUGUGUCGGACCCGUUACACCACUAGAAUUUUAUGAAAAAUAUGUGAAACCAUAUUACAAUGUAGACGAUAAAGUAUGUUUAGUAACAGACCCAAGACCGUCUAAUCCAUAUGGAAAACUUUAUACGAUAGAUUGUUUAGGAAAUGUUAUGGGUGGAAGACCUACACUAUAUAAUAAUCAACCACCUGAGUUACUAAUGAAGUUAUGCGCUGAAAGUAUAAAACAAAAUGAACCAGUAUGGUUCGGAUGUGACGUUAAUAAACGGUUAAUAGUUAAACAGGGUAUACAAGAUAUGAAAGCUUAUGAUUUCGAACUAAUGUUUGGAACUGAUAUUCAAGUUAAUCUUACAAAAGCAGACAGAUUACUAUAUGGAGAUUCUAUGAUGGUUCAUGCGAUGGCACUCACAGCUGUUUCUAUCGAUAAUGAUGGUAAAAUUAAACAAUUCAGAGUAGAAAAUUCUUGGGGAGAUGAUCAUGGACAAAAGGGACAUCUGUUAUUAACAGCUGAUUGGUUUUCUGAAUUUGUUUUUGAAGCAGUUAUUGAUAAAAAAUUAGUACCUGCAGAUGUUUUGGCUGUAUUUAAACAAGAACCUAUUAUCUUACCUGCAUGGGAUCCUAUGGGUACUCUUGCUCACUGAUAGUAAUGUAAGCUUAAACAUUUAAAGAGGAAAUUUUUUAGUUAAUAAAGGAGUUUAAAAUUAAAUAGCAAACAAAAUUUUAAGCACACUGGUACACAAAGUACAACAAACUAAGACUUUAACAAUGUUUUCAAUUGAAUAACAACUAAGAAAUAAUUCUAAGAUCUUGAAUUAUAAGGUUUGAACGAUCUAACAUAUUUUUUUUUUUCGAAUUUAUUUGAAGUAACAUACUCUGCUGAAAUUGCUAAAACAUUAACAAUGUACAUUUAAGAUAGUUCCUAAAAUCUAAGGUGAUCCCUUGUAUAAUCUACUUUCCUAUUUAUAUUUGCUUACCAACAAUGAAAUUCUUGUGUUGUUUCUCGCUUACUACCAUGAUGAAUUUAAUGUUUGAAGUAUGUAAGUUCUCAGUUGAAUGUCAUAAGAAACCAAACAAAAAUUAAGAUAUGUUAUUAGAUAUUUUUUCAAAUGUACACACUUACUAUAAACCAUGAAAUAAUGUCAAUAAUUCCAAGGAAAAAAAAAAGCCAAUAACUGAAAAA